UAAGGUCGUAGCUGUGCAGCGGAACCUUCUGGUCCGAACGUUGAAUGUUCGCUAAGACUGCCCCGCCCUUGUCCGUGUACGUCAUUCGCUGCAGGGACCCGUAACGCGUCCACUGCGUGCCGGCGACCGAGACCAAGACAUAACAGCAGUCAGCGUCGGCCGCAGCUUGUUCUCGCGCAAAGACAUGACCCGCCGCCAUGGCUCACCUUCUGCGUGGAAAGCAAGCUGGCGUCCACAACGACUUGUCCGUCGGCCUGGGGGCUGAUCUCUUUGUGUUGGACCAUAUUAAGAAGUUUGGCAUCAACAGCCAGAUCUCGCAGAUCGCAUACGACCCUGUACAGAAGCUCCUCGCCGUCGGCACCAACGAAAGCAAGUUUGGGCUCGGGCAAAUCUACGUCUUUGGGCAGAAGCGCGUUGAGGUCGUCUUUCCUCUUCCGCAUCGUGGGUCUGUCAGGAUCUUGCAAUUCUGCGCCGAGAAGCUUCUCUGUGUGGACUCGAGAAAUGACUUAUCGGUGUUCUCUCUGGCAAGUAAGAAGCUCCUGAACGCCCACUCUCCCCCCGCAAAGAUCACCGCGCUGCACAGCGACCCCGCGCUCGACUACGCCCUGCUAGGAACGCAAAACGGAGAUGUACUCGCCUACGACCUAGAUAGAGAGCACCUCACGCAGUUCAGGAUACCGAAUCUGUGGCGCGAGCAGUUCCCGCAGUCGAGACUUACAUCAAUUGUGACACUCUCGCUCCACCCGCGCGACAUUGGUACCCUGCUCAUUGGCUACAACGCCGGCGCUGUCAUAUACUCGUUCAAGCAGAAUAAGGCUAUCAAGUACUUCAACUACGUGCUGCCUAAAGGCGCGCCGGGAGGAGAUUCAGACCCGGCGUCCAUAUUCAAAGAGAGGAGUCCACCCUUGACGCAGGCCGUGUGGCAUCCUACGGGGACUUUCGUAUUGACUGGCCAUGAGGAUAGCAGUCUCGUGUUCUGGGAUCCCAAAGAUGGUAGAGUCAUUCAGGCGAGAACUCUGACCGACACCGGCGUCGACAAGCCCGGCCCUGGUACUUUUAGUCCUGGCGCUGGUCCCGGUACAUUUGCACUCAAGAGCCCAAUUUUCAAGAUUGCUUGGUGUGCGAAUGAAGACCCGGACGAUACCGGUAUCCUCGUUGCUGGGGGUCAACCAUCCAACAUCGAAGCUAAGAGCUUGACCUUCUUUGAGCUAGGACGCACACCGAUAUACAACACUUCGUCAUGGCAAAUUCUCUCGGAUCACUUUGAGAAUCCCAAACGACAGAGGAUACUGCCUUGUCCACCAGGUACCGAAGUGGUCGAUCUGUGCCUAAUACCUCGCGACAGCCCUCAUUUCGCCGGUUGCCAGGACCCCAUUGCUGCCGUCAGCUUGCUGGCAUCGGGAGAGCUCAUAACGCUCUCCUUCCCAAGCGGGAUUCCGAUAACGCCCACGAACCAGUUACAUUUGUCUCUUACAUUCGUUCAUCCUUUCGUAACCCACGCAAACUUGGCCCCGGUUGAACGCACAAGAUGGCUAGGAAUGACCGAGAAACGGCAACAUGGGCCGAAGUUCAUUACUGGCGGUCACGACGCUGUUUACCCUCUCAAACGAUUUGAACAUCGAAAUAUCGUGCAGACCUCACACGCAGACGGUACCAUCAGGUUGUGGGACGCCGGCCAUGCGGACGAACUCGAGAACGAUGCAUUACUCCAGCUAGACGUCGCGCGCGCCCUAGGCCGGUUGGAUCGCGUUGAAGUGACGAAGAUAUCCUACGCCGGUGCAGCCUCCGAGUUGUCAGUCGGACUGCGAUCUGGCGAGGUGGUCGUCUUUCGUUGGGGGAUCAACAAGCAUUUCGGUCAAGAGCUGCCCCCGGGCGAGAAUUUGCCAGGUGCUCUGACCGAUGUGCAGGAUCGGACCGAAGCGCUUUUGAAGGAAGGGAUGAUGCCACUGACCCUCCUCAAUGAAGGAAACGGACCAGUAUCUACACUGAAGCAUUCGGAUGUUGGCUUUGUGGCUGCUGGGUUUGAAGGUGGAAGCCUUGCCAUCAUCGAUUUGAGAGGCCCAGCACUAAUCUACCACGCGAACGUAUCCGAUUUCGUAAAGUCUGACAAACGAGGCAGUUUCCGGAGGAGCUCUUCCCAGAGUGCGACGAAGCCGGAGUGGCCAACAAGCAUUGAGUUUAGCGUUAUGACGCUUGAGCAUGAUGACUAUUCGAGCAUUCUAUGUCACGUCGGUACCAACUUAGGCCAUGUAGCAACCUUCAAGCUACUACCCGAAGCAGGUGGUCGCUAUGCUGUCAGUUUUGCAGGCGUCUGCACCUUGGACGACAAAGUCAUCAGCAUCUGUCCUAUGCAUGUAGAUACAGGGCGGCCUGCAUACGCAUCGCAAGCUGCUGUCUCUGGUUUGCGGAAUGGUGCGAAGGUCAACGGCGUUUUGCUUGCUGUCACCUCAAACGGAGCUAGGAUAUUCCAACCAGCUACCCAUAAAGGUGCGAGCAAGACCUGGAACGAGUUCCUAUGUGACUCAGCAUCCAUUGUUCGAUAUGAAGAUCUGGGCCAUUGCUUGCUCGGUUUAUACGGCGAUGGCUUCGCAAGGGGCUACUCAAUACCUGCCAUGAAGGAGAUUGGGGCCGUGAAGGUGGCAGAUGUUCUGGAUCCGCGGCGCUUCCCUGAGGCCGUGAUUACGAGCACGGGAGAUGUACUAGGCUGGACUGGACCGUCUGAGCUUGCCCUUAUCAACGUCUUCGGAACGAAUUUGAAACUUGACCAAACGAGAGAUACACUUAUCAAUCCAGAGCUUCUCAUUCCACCACGCCCAACAAUCUCAAACCUGCAGUGGAUCUCAGGCACCCAGUAUGUUACCAUGGAAGACAUGGACCUUCUCAUUGGCGGCCCCGACCGCCCGCCGUCGAAACGCAUGCUCGCUCAAGCCCAAGCAGACGAGGCACAACGCCGUAGAGACGCGCGCCGACCCGGCCAGCCUAGCGCUUCUUCUUCUGCUGCGCCUCCGCCUGCAGACGAAAGUUGGGGGGCGUGGGCGUCAAGAACGUUGAAUGAGAGGACCGAGAAGCUGAGUAUUGUGGGCGACAGCAUGGACAAUCUAAGCAACAACAGCAAGGGCUGGGCAGAUGAUGUGAACAAGUAUGUGGCCAAGCAGAAGAGAGGCAUGGUCAUGGGGGCUGUGAAGAGCAAGUUUGGGUUCUAGGGGAGGGUAUCUGUGGUUUUGGGGGAUCAGUGUGUGCGUCAAAAGGCGUUGUC